AUGGAAAGUGAUUUAGAAAUUGAGCAAAACGAUGUUAUGGAAGGGGAGGAUGAAGCAACACUUGAAACACUAGACCCAGAUUCUUGGAACAAUAUCCCAUUCUGAUUGGUCCAAGGUAUCAAAUUCUGUAAGGAAAGCUGCCUCUCUUCUAUCAAACAUUUGGAUGAAAUAAGUGUCAAAAUGGAAAGAACUUUCAAUCAGCAGAAGAAUACAAAUCAUGUGUUUAAUACUCAGUUAGCAUCAUCAGAAACCAGGUUAAAAUAACAAGAUUGAGGAUCUUGAACGUUACGCUAGAAAAAUGGUCAACGAAUCAAUAAGUAUGGUCACUAGUAAGUCAGAAUACAUCGAGUCCCAACAAGAAGAAAUUAAAUAACCAAAUCAAGAAGGUUUCAGCCCAAGUAGACACUAAACUAGAAGACAUCUUCAGUAAAGACGAAGUGAAAGAGUUUAUCUUUGAUCAAAUCAAGGCAAAUCUUGAGAAUGUAGUUAAGAAUUCACUUAAAACCCAAAGAGAUGAACUUGAGCUUCUCAUUACAAGCUCGUUAAGAGUUGAUGGGCUAAUUGGACCAGACCAGAGAUAUUCCUCCCUUAAGGACUGGAUUUGAGAUGCUCAGAGAAAAUUUGAGCAAAUAUCUCAAAAAAAUACAGAGAAAGUUGAUAAAUUAAAAUAUAAUCUUAAUGAAAGCAUUGAGUCUAUUCAAAAAUGACUAAAAGACUCUGAGAGCGCAUCUGAAAUAAAGAUAGUCGAUCUUGAGCAGAAAAUUACCAAAAUUGUUAAAGAUAGCACAGAAGAGAGUCAUAAAUAUAGAGAAGAUAAUCGCAAAGAAACUUCUAAGACUCAGAAGAAAUUAGAGAGCCAGCUGCAGGAACUUCAUCAAAAAUUUAUAAAAGAAAAUGAGAAAAUACACAAACUUCAAGAGAAAAAUCUCUAUAAGAUGGAUACCUUCAAAGAUCGAAUUAAUGAGAUUGAAAAUAUCAAACUAAAAGAGCUUGAUGAAACUUCCAAACAGCUUUAUGACAAAAUUUACUCUUUACAAUCAACUAUUGAAAACUCUCUGAAACAGAACCAAAAGUCUAUCGAAGAAACCGAGAAAGAGAGCACUCCAGAGCAUGAAACUCUAAUCCAGAGUGAUAAAAUCUCUUUAGGGCACAGUUUUGACAAGAAAGAAACUAUAUUAUCCAACUAUAGCAAGAAAGGUAUCCCUAACCCCCCAGAGGACAUCCUAGACUCCCCUCACACCAAACCUCUCAACAAAAAGCUCAGCAUGCUAAACAACUCCUCACCAGCUUCAAAGAACACAAUUCAGAGCCAACUAACAUUUUCCAAAUAAACCCGAAGAGAGUAACCAACCUAUUGCCUCCCUCCAAAACUGAACAGAUCCCCAGAAGAUGAUGCACAACUAUAUCAAGAAUCAUUUAAAAUAAGCAUUCAAAUGAGCAAAUGGAGGAAUUCAGACUAAUCCUGGAAAACUCUAAGAGAAAUAGCGGCUACCAGAAAAGCGAUUUCGGAGGAGAUGGAGUUGACCUCAGAAGUUCACAAUCAGAUUUGAACAUUAAGAAGAAAUCUAGGAAGUUAGAGAAUAACUUUGGCAAUAGACAGCUAAGAGAUGAAGAAGCAGAGGAUUCUCACAACGGAUAUCUAGCACAUCAAGGAGACAUCACUCCUCUUCAGAACUAUAAUAGUGCAGCCCAUGACUUUAUUUCUAAAAUGGCAAUGGAGAUAAAGAGUAAGGCUAAAUCUGGAAGCAAGAAGGCUAUCGAUGAGUUAAUACAAGAGCAAAAGAAGAAAGAGCUAGCCCAGGAUAAAUCCCAAAUCUCAAUAAAUUUGUAUAAGAAAAGUAAGAAAGUGAGGCUUGCUGAAGAGAAUUCUCAGAGAAGAGCAAUGAGGUUAAAUGAGAUGCUGAAGAACCCCAUUACGAUAUCACAUAAGAGAUCAGUUUCUACUAAGAGAUCCAUAGCAUUAGAUCAGAAUAAUAGUGCUGUAGCUGAUCCUGGUUUGAUGAUAGAUGCUAUUGGGUAUCAAAAAGGAAAUAAUGGAAAACUUGGCUCUAUUUUUGAGGACCAAAACUGCUCAACUAAUGAUCCUAUUGAUAAACGUUCUAAGAGCAUUGCUAUUGGUAACGAUGCACCGAUUCCUCCAUUAAGUUUUCCUCCAAUUAAGAAAAGCAACAAUGCUUAUCAUGAAAGGUUCUCUUCUUUUGACACUUCACCCAAAGAAACUUUGUAUGGAGAAAACUCAGGGCUUGAAACUGGGAGAACAAUUAAUAAGAUGGUUCCAUCUAUCAAGUACCGUAAGAAGAUGGUUAAGAAAAACAAACAAGCUUACAGAACGGGUGAUAACUCUCCAAGCCAGAGCUUUGUUUCUCCAGUCCAGACUAAUGGAGCCACUCUAGACAACCUAGAUAGCAGAUAUAUAACCAGUAUCAACUCUAAGAUAGAGAUUACUCCGAGGAAUAUGCAUCCAGCUCCAUUGCACAUGAAAUUUGAAGGACUUGAAAACCUGAAAUAGA